GGAACACCAACGGGGCAUGUACGGAUAGGUGGUUGUCAAGAGCAAAAUCUCCCUGGCUUUCAAUGAAGAGCGAACGCAUGCAGUCAUAAUGUCCCAGCAUGAUCGUCGCACAGAACACGCCGGCGAAGCCGUCGCUUCCUCCUCUAAGGUUCGUCACUCAUUCUCACUGCUCGACGAGAUCACCAGAUUGAAGAAGGAGAACGAAGUGCUGAAGCGUGAGCUCAACGAGGCUCGAGCGGCAUUAGACGACAUGUACGGAGCUUGGACCGAGUUCUAUCAUAAGCUGGAGGAGGAGAAAGCAGACAGGCAGGAACGCAAGAAGGGAGCACGCAAUGCGAGGCGUGUCGGAGAAGGCAGCACCGGUUACGCCUCAUGUCAUUCUGUGGACAGGUCAUCAAAGCGCUCAAAGGUGGACACAGACACGCGCCAGACAGAAAUAAAACAAGCAUCCACCUCUGGGAGUAAUAAUACACCAACUGUUGAUGCUCAUGAUAGCAAGAGAUCUUGCCAACGCACGGACCCUUCACCUCCCCGCGAUACAAGUGGACAGCAGAACCUGCCUCGUGUUGAAAAUACCGAGGGCUCCAGAGCUGCCGACUUUACCACCAGAGCUCCUACGUCGCAAAGGCAAGAGGGUGAAGCAGCCGAACGACAUUCAAAGGGCCCCAGCUCGAGAGGCACCAGAGUAUCAGCACCGGCACCGGCACACGCAAAGCCUAGAAACGCCGAGGCGUCACUUAUCAAGGUGAGACCCUCGUACGGUCCCAAAGCAUUCAAAGAUGCCAAGAGACGCAAGAGCUAUCCUGUACUACAGCCCGUUACUGUCGGCCUGACCGUCAGAGACGCGAAUGAGCCGGCAUUCGUUAGGCACCUGCCGGGAGAAGAGCCCAGCAACAUGAACGUCUCGGGGGGAUACAAGUACGAAGAGGUAGUAAGACACAAAGAGAAAAGGAAAGAGAUGCAUGGCUCCGAUUGCUGGUGCUGCUCUGCGUUCUACAAGAGCAAGGAGGAGGCGAUGCGCGAAUACUACAAAGGAGACGAAGUGAAAGUCAAUGCGGCCAUGGCCGAGUAUAUGCAAAAAGCAACCAAACACCGCACGCUGAACCCGCUACCGCAAGCAGCUGAUGAGUGCUGGACGAUCGGCAUACCUGGAGAUACACAGUGGCUUCUGGAGCCGACCGAGAAUCAAUCACGCCAAUGUCGAAAUUGAGCACUUUGUAAAGUUUCUCGGUCCAUUAAGCGGCUCACUGGAUCCUAUCCGAUGUAAAUUAUCACAGCAUGGCAUUACAUCUCGCGGAUU